AUGGACAGCUCUCAAAGUAUUGAGUCAAUGGCUAUCAUUGCGCGCGAGAACAAGCCACUUGCACACCGGAAGAAGUCGAAUGUUGAAUUGAUUGGCGAAAGGCUGGGUUUGCGCCUGCCCAAUUAUGCCAAAGAUUUCGUCCAUUUUGUGAACACAAUAGGAUACAAGCUCUUCAUUGUCGACCUCCAGCAAUUGAAUGGAGAUACGGUUAUGAGGAGUAAGGCGCAAAUGGCUUGGCAUAGACUGGUCCAUCAAAAGUACCGAUUUUGGCACCCUCAAAACAUGACUUCCGCAGAAAAAGUCCGCAUUCGCUCUCAAGCUCUGAAUCAGAUUUCGGGUUCUGCUGCAUGGCGCAAGGCUGAUAUUGAGGAGUACUGGCGUGGGAAGAUGGAGGUACUUGGCUUGAAGUGGAACACCAAGAACUCCUCUACGAAAGUCUCCGAAUCUAGCCUGGACAAUAAACUUAUUCCAAAGUUGCAAAGUUCUGACGGACAUGUACCGGAAGCCCAAGUACUCGCAAGGAACGAGGAUAUUGGAGGUGGAAUGAGCUCUAAGACAGAUAUGAGCAAGGAAGAAGCGAAAUGUAUGGAUGAGAAACAAUUGCUCCAAGAGCAAAUUGAGGAAAAUGCAAUCAUCGAUAAGGAUUGGGAGCAAGAAAAGGAUGAAGGGCUCGCCGAUACAGAAGAACCUGUCUUGCAGGAAGACGAAGACCUUACCACCCCAUCGACCAGCGCAGGCAUCACAACUUUGAAAUCUGUUACGGACGAAUCGCAACUCCACGAAAUCCCUGCAAAAGCUCCGACCAUCCCACCCAACUUCUCCGCUAACUUCCGAAAUCCCAAUUCGAAUCAUCGAACUAUCUAUGAAGAUUUCGACGAUUCUGAUUCUGAUUCCGACGAAGAGGAUGACAGAUUCAAGAGAGCUAUAGAUUUGCCACCGCCGAUUCCCAGCAUUGAGGAAGUGGAGGAUGUCCCAGUACAGAAGGAAGAAGAAGUUGUCGACACGUUGCAGUCAUCUCCCAGCAUUGGAAAUGUCGAGGAUAUACCUCAGAAGAAAGAAGAAGAAGAAGGUGCCGAGACACGACAGCCAUCUCCCAGUCCUUUCUAUGAUAAUGGUGAUGAUUUGCCAGACUAUGAAGAUCAUGAGGAAUAAUGAGGGACUAGGAUUAUUGGACGGGUGGUCGGAGAAUGAACACUGUAAGAUAUAUUUUGACAGCACAGUACGUGAGAUACUGGAAAUGAUGCCUGUCUUAUUGCGUGCCAUAGCGGAUAGCCUAUACGAGUCCUCAACUCUUUCUGCACAUUGACAUAAAUGAACUCACGUGAUCGAAACGAAAUACGAGCCUUUUUGUUGAAUUCGUGAAGCGAAGUGAAAUUCAAACUGACGGAAAAGUUUGAGAGGAUUCUUCAAAGAUGAUGUAUA